AAAGGAAACUAGACGGCACUUUUCUUGAAGAAAGAAAAAAGAAACUACAGGCAAACCCAACAACACCUAUCUUCUCAAAACAGAAAACAAGCAGUAGAAGGAUAAGAAGAGGGGGAGAGCCGUUGAAGGAAGGAGAAGAUGAUGAUGUCGUCGUCGGCGUCCAGCCAGCUCCUCCGCUCCGCCGCAGCGGCACCCCUCCUUGGUCGCUAUGCUUCCCUGCAGCUCUCCAGCGCUGCCACCGGAGCUGUGGCUAGAAGUAGGAGACGAAGCGGCCGCCUCGUGGUGGUGCCCUCGGCCAGUGCGGAAGUGGCCGAGCCGGCCACCGGCUAUACCACCGAGUCCCUCAUCCUCUACUUCAAGGCCGAAGGCACCAUGGAAGAGAGGGCCAUUCCCAAGAUCACCCAGGCUCUCGAGGGGGUGGAUGGGGUGAGCGAGCUAGAGGUUCUCAUCGAAGAAGGCAUCGGCAGUGUUGUGUUAACCAAGGAGACAACAGUGCAAGCUACCGGAGUUGCCUCAAACCUUGUGGAAGCCAUCCAGGGAGCUGGUUUCAAGCUGCAAACGCUAAGCCUCAGCUUCGAGGACUUCGAUAAGGCAGAAUCCACUGCUGUUCCAACCGAAGGAGCAGGAGCUGAUGAUGUAGCCAGCGAAUGAGCUUACUUUGUGCUUGUGCUCCGACUGCGCUGAAUGCAUACAAUGUGCUCAUAUUUCUGGUGUUCCAUCCUUCUGUAAAUUUUUUUGUUUAGUUAUUGUACAACACUCCUCACUUGUAUUUUUUCAAGCUGCUAUUUUUACAUUUUGGCGUGCUGUCAAGAAAGGAACAUUUUCUAUUACUUGUGUAGAUGCUACCAAUGUUUUUUCAUA